UGGAGCGAAGAGGAGGAGAAUAGGGAGAGAGGUUGGAAGGGACAGAAGGGAGUAAGGUUAGAAGCUGAAUUAGGCGGGAAACGAUACAGAGGAAAGAUAGACAUAGAGUUGAUAGAGAGAUAGAGAGGCACGGUAGUGGAGACGGUGACGCUGAGGUAGACGUUGAGCAUAGAAUAAGCAGGAAAUAGAAAGAAAGUAAUGAACAGAGCGAGAAGAAAAUGCUAUGACAGUACAGGAGAAAGUAUAGAGGAGCAGGCUAAAAGAGAGAAUUAUUAGGAGAAGAUUUAGUAGACGAGGAGAGAGAAGAGGAAGUUUUUAAGAAGAAUAAAAUGAUGCUAAGAUCGCCGCAGAGAGAGGAAGGGAAGGAAGAGAUGAUAGGGAUGCUGAGGAAAAUGACGGAUGAGAUGAAAGAAGAGCUGAGAGGAAUAAGAUAGGAGAUAAAUAAUAGAUAGCGGAGGAACAGAAAGAGGUAAUGAGAAUAGAGGUGGAAAAGAUAAAAAAUGAGUUAAGGAUAAGGGAAGAGAAAUGGAGAAAGAAAAAGGAAGAAAUGAAAGAAAGGAUAGAGAGGAUAGAAAAGAAACUGAAGAGGAUGAAAAUAGAGAGUAAGGUUGAGGAGGAGAAUAAGGUAGGUAAGAGAAUAAGGGAGAGUGCAGAAGUAGUAGAAGGAAAGAGAAAUAUGGAGAUUGAUGAAUGGAAAGAAAGAGUAAGGAAACUGGAAAGAAGAUGGGAGACGAAGGAGAGAGAGGAUAGGAGAAGAAACAUACUAAUAAGAGGAUUAAAGAAGAGAGAACGGGAGAAAAAAAUUAUAGAGGAGCUACUUUGGAAAAUAGAAAGGGAAGUGGAAAUGAAAGAAAUAAGGAAAAUAGAACGGGGCAGGAGAGAGAAGGGAGACAUGGUAAUAGUAAAAAUGAGAAAUGAAGUGAUGAAAAGAAAGAUAUUGACAAAUAAAUAAAAGUUAAAAGUGGGAGAGACGUGGAUAGAAGAAAACUUGAUAUGGGAAGAGAGGAGGAUUAAAUGAAAAUUAGGCAGGCAGCAUUAAAGGAGAGGGCAAAAAGAAGAAGAAUACGUUAAGGGAGGGGGAAAUAUGGAUAGAUGAAAUAUGGUGGAGAUGGGAUAAUGAUAAAGAAGAGUUAAGGAAUGACAGGGGAACAGGGACAGUUGGGAUGC